AUGAACAGGAUAUUUGGGUACGGUAAUAAAAAGAGUCAUGAUCAACUCAUGAAGGAAUCUAAUCAAGCAAUGACUCAGGCUCAACAGGGACUUCAAUCAAGAAUAUCACAAUUAGAUACACAGAUUUCACAAAUAAAUAUGCAAUUACAAACAAUUCAAAAAAGAUUAAGCAAUGUUCGAUCUCCAGCCGGACAAAAACCUUUAAGAGCACAAGCUUUAAAAUUAUUAAAUAAAAGAAAAAAAUUGGAACAAAUGAGAGAAUCUUUAGAUAAUCAAGAUUGGUCAAUGACUCAAUCUAAAAUGAUGAGUGACACAUUAGCAAAUACAAUGGUUAGUGUGAACGCUUUGAAACAAAGUAAUAUGGCAUUAAAAUCUCAAUAUGGUAAGAUUGAUAUAGAUAAACUAGAAGACAUGCAAGAUGAAAUGAUUGAUUUAAUUGAAAAGGGAGAAGAAUUACAAAAUGCUUUAAGUAUGAAUACAAAUUCUUUGGAUGUUGAUGAUAUAGAUGAAGAUGAAUUAGAUGCUGAGCUGGAUGCAUUAGCGGAGGAUGACCUGAUGGGAUUCAAUGUAGAAGGAAAUGAUCUGUUAGAUACUGGUGCAAUAGGCGAUGGUGUUCCAUCUUAUUUAAGUAACGCUAUCCCACAAUUUAUCGAUGAAGAACCACCAAAUUCUUUGACUAAUGACAAAGAACUUGAACAUGCCUAG